AUGGUGGAGACUUCUUUCUUUAACGAAUGUCCUCAGUUUUUCAAAGUCUUCAUGCCUCAAUUUUCUUCUAAGCGUCUGCAAAUUCCUCCCGCUUUUGUUCGGAGACAUCUCAAAGAGAGUCAGAAAGAAGUAACAUUAAGAGAUCAUAAUGGGAAGUUGUGGCGUAUUGGUUUGGUGAUUAUUGAGAAGUACUUGUAUUUUGGGAUCAAUUGGGACAGCUUUGUGAGAGAGCAUUCUCUUGUUCUUGGUGACUUUCUCAUUUUUAAGUUGCAUGGAAAUUUAUUGUUCUCUGUUAAGCUAUUCGGCAGAGACGGAUGCAACAAGGAUUUUAAUGCUAGUAAAAUCAUUCCUAACAACACUACCAUUGUCAAGACUGAACAAGUAGAAGAAGAGCACCCCCCUUGUACUGCCUCUGCUCAUGCUAACAAAUCCACCCCAACUGGGAAAAAGGGCUUCAAUCGAUCCACAAAGGAAUCAGCUAAACUGAAUCAGCAUAAAACAAAGAAAACAGCUGCAACACUGGUCAAAAAGCACAAGAGGAACCCUUGUUUCGAAUCAAAAAUUUCUGAUUCUGCAUCCAGUAAAGCUUGGGUGUGUAUUCCUCGUUCAGUGUUGAAAGAGGUUAAGUUGUGCCCAGAAAUAGUGCUUUGUAAUGAGAAUAACAAGAAAUGGCCUGUGAAGUUCGUAUUAAGGAAAGAUGGUCGAUCUGCCCUAACUAUUGGUUGGCCAGAAUUCCGAAAACAGAACAAUCUGAAAGCAAACGACAAAUAUGUAUUUGAACUAGUUGUCGUUGGGAAGGAAAACAAGUGCAGUGAAAUAAAAGUGAUGAAGGUCUCCAAACGAAGUGAAAGAUGUGUGAAAGUGAAGAUUUAGUAGUCACACUCACACUCCUCCACGGUGAGUUUUGUUUUUGUGUAUAGCUUUGAUUUCAGAAAAUGGAGAUGGAAGUAUUUCAAGAUUUAGUAGGUUUCACUCAAGUACUAUUAAUCACUUCAUUUGUAUUUAUC